AUGGGCAGCGACGCGUCGGAGAGGACGGCCGUAGGGUGGGCGGCGAGGGACGCCGGCGGCCACCUGUCCCCUUACUCCUACACUUUGAGAAAGACUGGCCCGGAGGAUGUGGCGAUCAAGGUUUUGUACUGUGGGAUUUGCCACACGGACAUCCACCAAGCCAAGAACCACCUCGGCAUGUCCCGUUACCCUAUGGUCCCUGGUCACGAGGUGGUUGGUGAGGUGGAGGAGGUGGGAGCCGAGGUGACCAAGUUCCACGCCGGCGACGUCGUCGGCGUCGGCCUCAUCGUCGGGUGCUGCCGCCAGUGCCACCCCUGCAAAUCAAGCAACGAGCAGUACUGCAGCAAGAAGAUCUGGUCGUACAACGACGUCUACCCCGAUGGCAAGCCUACGCGGGGCGGCUUCUCCUCCGCCAUGGUCGUCGACCAGAAGUUCGUGGUGAAGAUUCCGGCGGGGAUGGCGCCGGAGCAGGCGGCGCCGCUGCUGUGCGCCGGCGUGACGGUGUACAGCCCGCUGAAGCGGUUCGGCCUCGCCACGCCGGGUCUCCGCGGCGGCAUCCUCGGGCUGGGCGGCGUCGGCCACAUGGGCGUGAUGGUCGCCAAGGCCAUGGGCCACCACGUGACGGUGAUCAGCUCGUCGGACCGGAAGCGCGGGGAGGCCGUGGACCACCUCGGCGCCGACGCGUACCUCGUCAGCACCGACGCCGCGGCGAUGGCCGCCGCCGCCGGCACGCUGGACUACGUCAUCGACACCGUCCCCGCGCACCACCCGCUGGAGCCCUACCUGGCGCUGCUCGGGCUCGACGGCAAGCUGGUGGUCAUGGGCGUCAUCAACCAGCCGCUGAGCUUCGUCAGCCCGAUGCUGAUGCUCGGGAGGAAGUCCAUCGCCGGGAGCUUCGUGGGGAGCGUGGAGGAGACGGAGGAGACGCUGGCGUUCUGCCAGGCCAAGGGCGUGACGUCGCAGAUCGAGGUGGUGAAGAUGGGGUACGUGAACGAGGCGCUCGAGAGGCUCGAGCGCAACGACGUGCGUUACCGCUUCGUCGUCGACGUCGCCGGCAGCAAUCUUGACGAUGCUUAGUCCUUCGAGGCUUGAUUUCCUGUGCUAUAAGUGCCUAAGUUUCUUUUUGUUGCCUAGUCUGCAUAUUGAAAGGGCGUGUCCACGGUUUGGACC